AAAAACCGCCGGCAAAGUGAUGGACCAAAUUUGGCUUCAUCUGCUUUUUCUUUCAGGACUGCUGUCAUUAAAUCUGUGUAUACAACAAGAGUAUAUUCUGAUCAAGCAGUCUAUGACGUGGGAAAAUGCACAGAAUUACUGCAGAACGCACCAUAUUGACCUGGCCACCAUUCAGAGUAAUGAAGACUGGACAAGUCUGGAAGAAGCUGCAGUUGGACCUAGCUUUACAUGGAUCGGACUGUACAAGGACAUCAACAGCUGGCGCUGGUCUUAUAACGAGGAGAGUCUGGUGUUCAAGUCCUGGACUUCGGGUCAGCCACAUAACUAUGAUGGAAAAGAGGAGUGUGCUGCAAUAAAUUAUAUUGGAGGCUGGCAAGAUUUCACCUGCACCAUCUCUCAUCAUUUCAUAUGUUAUGAUGGAAGUGCAAACACAACAGAGGAAAUGGUUUUGAGCAAGACUACAAAGACAUGGAUUGAUGCUCAGAAGCACUGCAGAGAUCACUAUACAGACCUGGCUAUCAUUAGGAGUCGAGAAGACAAUGAUAAGAUAAUCAAGUUGAUAUAUAGUUUUGGGGGUUUUGUCUGGAUCGGAUUGUACAGAGACACUUGGAAGUGGUCAGAUCAGGCCCACGUCACUUCCUCAACUCAACUCGCUAUUCAGAGAUUUACGCAGAACUAUGACUGCGUUGGUAUUGCUUCUCAUACACUCGGUGACUGGACAUGCACCGCAGCUUGUCAGUUCUGCUGUAGCACUGUCAAGAGGAAGAGGCAGGUGAUCCGAGUGCAGGUGAAAGCCGCUGAGAAUGUGGAUGAAGCUAAACUGAAGGCGCUCGUCUUAAACAAGUUGAAGCAGACGCUGAGCGAUCAGGACGUCACAAUGAUGUGGAGGACGCAACCCAACGGGAAAGUCUUCCAGAAGAAGAGGACUGGACAAAAACGUAGUGAAGCGAACACUACUCUUGUUUGUCCUUCUUUGGGAUGAACGUUAUCUAAAAUCAAUGCAAUUUAUUCUUAGUUACAGCUAUCUGAAUUAUUACAUUAGAUUAACAAUUUAUAGUAAUUUCUCAAAAAUAGUUACAUAUAUUCAUUUUGCAUUUAUUCAUUUAGUUGACAUAUGUAUGCCUAAAUAUGAGCUAACAAACGGUAGUAUGUAGGGAUACACAAUAUUAGAUUAUUGCUGAUAUCCGAUAUGCCGAUAUUUUUCACAUAAUUUUGGUUGAUAGCCGAUGCUGAUACUGAUAUAUAUUUCCCAUUGUUUUGAAACACCAAGUCUCUCCUGUGUGGAAAUUAUAAAAGCAUUGUUUUUAAUUUUGGUCAUUUUUGAGCAAAAACUUGACAUAAACAUUGAAACUAAAUUUCAAGUCAAUCAGAUCAUCACACGCUGAGAUAUGAGUCUCCAUGUGUUCACACUGUCUGGCGGCCAUUUUGAAAGCUGUCUAAAAACUUUCACCAAAAGAGGAGCCCCUUAAUUGUGCAUUUUUUAGAUGUUUAAGCCUUUAUUUUAGAUAAAUUUCACUGUAAAAUUUACUGUAAAAUUAAGAGAUUAAUGUUCAGACUUUUGUAUAUUAUAACCUGGAACUUGGAUGUGGGAAAUACUUACAUUAGAUCCAAAAGAUAGUUUUAGCAACACAGCGCAGAUGCUACAGAACACAGUUAGCUGACUAGCUGUAUAAGAUUGUGUGCUACGCUAAUAUAUUACUUCACAGGCAUUACUGGCUUGUACUUUUACAUCCAUAAUAUUAUAAAUUUGCAGUUUAUUGCUGGUCUGUGGUUUUACCGUGCUUUUAUUUUUAAAGAAGGGUUAGGGUUAAAAAAGAAGGAGCCAUUAGAAGCCUGUCGUAUCUGUCCAAAAAAAAAAAAAGCAAAUAGGCUAGAAUACACUACACGACUUUUAAAAUGUGAACCGAUUUUUAAAACACUAGGCUUCAAACACUUACCUACUUUGUAAAUAGUUUGUUUUUUGAAUGUGUGUUACUUCGCUGAAUGUGGACUAGUCUAAAUGUUGCAAUGUGCUUAAAUGAUACUUCACUAUGAAUAUAUAACUUAU